CAGUAAACACUGAUUUGUUUUUAAUUUUUCGGAUCGGUUUAAUUUUUCAACGCUUCAAAUUGUAAACUCUUUCGUAUAAUAUUUAUGCUAUUCUGCUAUUAAUUAUUAUCGUUAACUGUUAGUAGUUUUGUACUUAUUGCCUACCAAAUUCCAUUGAAACUACCGGCAUUUCGUUCGUUUUUUGUUUUGCUGUUCAUACGACCUGGAAAUCGGUAAGGGUAAUAAUACCGACGUCUCGGCCAACAAAAAAUAGUUGCGUUUCGUAAAAAUCGUUAGCGAGCGUCGAAAGUUCCGAAAUGAAGAAAAAGGUGUUGUUGAUGGGCAAGAGCGGUUCCGGUAAAACAAGCAUGAGAUCAAUCAUUUUUGCCAACUACAUAGCCAAAGACACUAGUCGAUUGGGUGCGACGAUUGACGUUGAACAUUCCCAUGUUAGAUUUCUUGGGAACCUAGUGCUUAACUUAUGGGAUUGCGGAGGACAAGAAGCAUUUAUGGAAAACUAUUUUGUCAGUCAACGAGAGAACAUAUUUCGCAAUGUAGAAGUGCUUAUUUAUGUAUUUGAUGUGGAGAGUCGAGAUGAGGAACUUAAAAGAGAUUUAAGAUACUACGAGACUUGUCUUAGUGCAAUUUAUGAAAAUUCUCCGUCUGCAAAGGUAUUUUGUCUAAUUCAUAAAAUGGAUUUGCUGCAAGAAGAUCAACGUGACAAGAUAUUUUCAGACCGGGAAAAUGAAAUAAUUAAUAUGUCCAAACCAGUUGACUGUUCUUGUUUCAAGACAUCAAUUUGGGAUGAAACGUUAUAUAGAGCUUGGUCUUCAAUUGUGUAUAAAUUGAUACCAAAUGUUAAAGAACUUGAACAAAGCUUGACAUUGUUUGCUGAUCUAAUGGACGGUGAUGAAGUAUUAUUGUUUGAACGUGCAACUUUCCUUGUUAUUUCCCAUUGUCAACGAAAUCUACAACGUGAUAUUCAUCGAUUUGAAAAAGUCUCGAACAUCAUAAAACAAUUUAAACUUAGUUGUAGCAAAGUAGCUGCUCAAUUCCAAAGCAUGGAAGUAAGAAAUUCGAAUUUUGCUGCUUUUAUCGAUUUAUUUACAACAAAUACAUAUAUUAUGGUUAUUAUGUCUGAUCCACAUAUUCCUUCAGCUGCCACUUUAUUGAACAUAAAAAAUGCUCGGAAACAUUUUGAAAAAUUAGAACGUUCAAGCCAGUCUCAACAGAACAAGAAAUAAUUACAAUUGAUUAAGCAUAAUUAGAAGACAAACCAGUCUUUUGGUUUAUCAAGAAUAUCAAUUUGUGUAUAUUUAGUGUAGUGUAAUGUACCUAGUGUUUGUGUACUAUUGUACACAUACAAUGAAAUUACUAUUUAUUAAGUUAUAAUAUUACAACUUAUUUGAAUCCUAAAUUUAUAUGAAUUUGUAUAUUUUCCAUCAUAGCUAUUAUUAAAUAAUAAUCAUAAAUUUAUUUUUAUUGAAACUAAUUUUAAAAAAAACUGAAAAACAAAUAAAUUAUCACAAUAUAUAAUUUUUAAUAUUU